AUGUUGUUCUUCAGUUUUUUUAAGACUAUCACAAACCACACAGUUACAAUUGAACUAAAGAAUGACAUCCGCAUACGUGGCACUCUUAAAAGUGUUGACCAAUAUCUGAAUAUCAAGCUGGAUGACAUUGAGGUUCUUGACCUGGAUGAAUACCCACAUCUCUCCAGUGUGAAGAAUAUUUUCGUUCGAGGGAGCGUGGUCCGAUAUAUCGUCUUACCGCAGGCGGAGGUAGAUAGGGGAUUAUUGGAGGAUGCCACAAGGAGAGAAGCUGAAAAUCAAGCGCAUAAAACCCGAUGA